AUGGUUAGGAAGAGAAAAGAUGGUGCAGGGGUGGAUGAAAAGAAUACUGAUAAAGGGAAUGUUGUCUCACAAGAAAUGGUUAAGGAAGCUGCAGCCAGGGUAGCAGUAGGCACAGUACACCAAGCGCGCAAGAGAUUUGUUGGGGUUCGACAGUGGCCAUCGGGGUGGUGGGUGGCAGAAAUAAAGGAUACUGUUCAAAAAAUAAGGGUGUGGUUAGGUACCUUUGACACAGCUGAGGAGGCUGCAAGGGCCUAUGAUGAGGCAGCUUGCCUGCUUCGCGGGGAAAAUACUCGAAAGAAUUUCUGGCCUCAUUUUCCCUCGUCAUCAUCUUCCUCUUCAUCUCUUUCCCCAAAAAUUACCAACCUUCUUCUUAGCAAGCUAAAGGCACGAAACAAAGAGUUGACUGCUUCCUCCUCCUCCUUCUCCUCCUCGCCUGGUGAUCAUCAAAAGCAAAAGCAAAAGCCAAAUCAGUCAGAUGAGUACAUAGAUGAAUUAGCUGAUUUUUCAGAAACACGAUUCACUGAUUUUCUCUAUUAUCUUGAAGAUUACACCAUUGAUAACAACAGUAUGAUCACUAAUGACUAUACAAGAUCAUGCCUAACACAAAAUGAUGACUUUCAAAAGAGUAAUUUCAAUUUGGAUCAGAAUUUGGAUGAUUUAGUACAUCUUUCUAAUGAUCAGUGCUCUAGUAUGGAUGAGAACAUUAGAGGGGAAAUGGAAUAUGAAAUUGAAAGUGAGAAUACUGGUCUAGAUGAUGUUGAUUUCAAAUUUGUUGAUGAAACUGUAUCAUUUCAUUGUACCGCUUUUGAGAUUGCCAAAGAGAUUUUGAAGGAGGGAUAUGGAGAUAAGCCAUUGAUGCUUAGUGAGGUCAUGAAGAGGAAUUAUGAGAGAAAGUUUUUAGCCUCUCUCUAUAUAGGCCUUCAAUGGGAUUCCAAAAUGCCUUAA